AUGCAUUCACAUCUACAAAACACGUUUAGACGUACAGUGCAGCUAGCGGUCAAAUACCGAGCUGUCAGCAAAUGCCGUCGCAUACAUACAGGGCCCAUUCCUCAGUCCAUGUUGUGGCUCGCGGGCGCUCGGGAAAGGCAUAUAAAACGUGGAGCCGACACUUCUUCGCUUACUAAUGAUGUCUGCCACACGCCACAGGGGAGCGAAUGUGCUCGGCAGCAGCAGCAGCAGCGAGAACAACAUCACAAAAGGCUUCCGUGUGCGAAAGGAAGUGGCCCCCCAACAUUAGCAGAUGUCCCUCCUCUCGUAUUGGAUCCGCCCUUCACACCAGUUGGCGGAGAAACCGCAGUUAUGGAAAGACUUCAUCGAAUGCCAGUGAAUGGUACGGAUGCCGAACGAUAUGUUGUUUCAUAUAAUUGCAGGGAGUGCAGUUCCACGCUGUUUAGCAGCAAUGACUUCACAGUAGCCAGCACUCUCGGGUCACAUAAAGAUGGUUGGCCGUGCUUUACCGCGCCGGCAAGUGCAAAAGCGCUUCAGCUGCGUGGACUCCUACAGCGCAGUGCCGUGGGCCGUGGUAGGGGCGCGAUGGCAGCCGACUCCAACCGUGGGGAUCUCAGUUCUUCAAGGGAAUUUAUUUCGUCACCGCUUACGGCAACACUUGCAGCGCGAGGGCUUCCCAUUGAGGGGGAAAUGACCCGCACGACACGCAGCGGUCGGUGUGAACUGUUGAAGCCGAAGACAUGGCGAGAGACGUGUUUGAGGGAUGUGAACAAACGCAGCGAUCCGGCGCUUCUAGAGGGAUGUUGCUCCACUUGUGGGAACGCUGUCUGCCGUGUCGUGACAACUCGGGGCGGGGCAGUGAAGUAUGUCGUAAACCCAACUGCCGUUACGGCUGAGCUGAUUGGGGAAGAAGAGGAACCGCUCUCUCGGCAGCGAAACUAA